AUGUACAUCUGUGGUCUACUUUCGUUAUCAAGCCACCCCAAGAAUCAGAAGGGACCGCGCUACAACAGGACCGUUAUAGAAGAACACCUGCUGAAGUUGGGCGCGCUGCUCAUGAUGGCGCGACCACCUGUGCAACUCCACUUCGACAAGUUCCUCACGGAUGUACAUCCUCAAUUCAAUGUCACGGACGUGAUGUUUAGGUUGACGCCCACGUGCACGUCGAUACUGGAGCGCUGCAGCUGGCGAGGCCGCCAGGUUCCGUGCGACACUUUAUUCGCUACUCGAGUCACGCCGCUAGGAUUCUGCUGCGUUUUCAACUCUAGAUACUAUCCAGUUGACGCCAAUAACCAACCGCACGUCCUGGACCUGAUCGGUCACAAUUUGGGGCUCGGAGUGGUGAUCACUGAAAAUAAAGAUGACUUCAAGUAUGUUCGCAGAAAUUCGAACGGCGCAGAGAUGUUACUGUUCGAAGGUUCGGAGUACCCACUGCUAGAAAGCGGAGAUGUGCGCUUGUACCCUGUGCCGCGCAACAAUUCGCUACAUUUUAACAUUAAAGUAAUCACACAAUAUGCACAUGAUGAUAUCAAGUUAUUUAGUGAGAAAUAUCGAGGCUGUCGGACGGAGGGUGCGGGCAUGUCGCAGUGCCUGGCGGCGUGCCAGAGCGCCACGGCCGCGGCGAUCUGCUCGUGCGUGCCCUACACGCUGCACGCCGCCCUCAACCACGACGGGAGGCGCGUCUGCUCCUUGCGAGACGUCUACUGUCUCAACAAGCACAGAGAGAAGUUUCUGUACCUGUUCCCACCUACGGCGGACAAGGACGACCCGCAGAUAUCGGAGGAGCUGCAGAACGGGAUCGACUGUCCCAAGUGUCUCGUAUUGUGCAAGAGGCAGGUGUACUGGGCCAGGGUCUCUUACGUACAACACAAUGGGGGCGUUGGCAUCUUCAGAAAUUUCCUUACUGAAGGACUACGACUUAUAAACUCAACUACGAUUCGAAUGUUCUACGCCUCGGACCACUACGAACGGUUCGCGCUGGAGCCUUACGUGCGCUGGUAUGAGGUCUUGGCAAUCCUAAGCACAGAGUGGAUGGCACUGGCUGGCACUUCUGUGGUGGUCGUCCUCGAGGUAGUUUACUACUUCACCUUCAGGUGGAUACACCAUUUUAUUAGGAGGAAGAGGCUUGGUGAUCUGCGAUCGCACUCUAUGUAA